UCACUCACUCACUCACCCAUUCACUGCCCCAAUCAUCAAUCCAUCCUUUUCUUCAGCCCUACUUUUUCCUUCUUCGUCCCUUGCCCAACACUCUUUUCUUUCUCUCUCUCUCUCUCAUAAAACCGCCAUUUCCAUGCCAAAUCCCCCCGACUCCGCGUGUAUUAUUCUUGUUAUUACAGAGGGAAGGGAAGAAAACGAACGCCGCCGCCCCCGCAUCAUUUUCUCUGGGAAUUUCCCGACCCUCUACUAGGAAUUUCGAACAAGGGGUGGACUGGGGGUUAAGAUGGGGUUUAUGGAUUCCCAGGUUCUGGUGGCUCUCGCCCUCUCACUUGUCGGUGGCUUCAGCACCUCCAUUGGGGCACUUCUUGUCGUCGUCAAUCGAUCCCCCAAUCUGAGGAUGCUCGGGCUUUUACAGGGUUUUGCCGCCGGGCUAAUGCUGAGCAUAUCGUUCUUAGAUUUGGCCCAUAAUGCCAUAAACUCCAUCGGCUUCUUGAAGGGGAAUCUCUGGUUCUUUGCAGGCGUAGUUUUCUUCGCUGUUGUUGCUAAUUUUAUUCCCGAACCAACUCUCGCCCCUGUCCCUGAUUCGAAGAGCAAGAAGAGAAACGGGGACGAAGGAGGUAAGGAUAUUAUGAAGAAGCGUCGUCGCCAAGUCUUGUUCAGCGGAAUCGUCACUGCUAUAGGUAUAAGUCUGCAUAAUUUCCCGGAAGGAAUGGCUGUGUUCCUCGGGUCGAUCAAGGGCAUUCGCGUUGGGCUGAACUUGGCGUUGGCUAUUGCUUUGCACAACAUUCCUGAGGGGGUCGCUGUUGCACUUCCAGUUUAUUUCGCCACGCAGAGCAAAUGGCAAGCAUUCAAGCUGGCAACCCUUUCGGGAUUUGCAGAGCCGCUAGGCGUAAUUAUUGUAGCGUACAUAUUUCCCAGCAGCCUAAGCCCCGAAAUCCUUGAGGGCCUAUUAGGAUCAGUUGGCGGGGUCAUGGCCUUUCUAACUCUGCACGAGAUGCUGCCGUUGGCGUUCGACUACGCAGGGCAAAAGCAGGCCGUAAAAGCCGUCUUCUUCGGCAUGGCUUUCAUGUCAGCCAGCCUGUAUUUUCUAGAGAUCAGCUUACCCGCAGAAAUGAGCUUGUAGGCAACCGGGCAGUUAGUUACUUAUUCGGAAACCUUUUUAUUAUCCUUUCUCCUUCGUAUUGUAAAUGUCAUCUGUGGACCAACAUGUGACCAAUUCUUGGAUAAAAACAAAAGAAACAACUCUCUCUCUCUCUCUCUCUCUCUCUCUCGCCGAAAUAUUAAGCUUAUUUAUUUUGCACAUCCAAGGGAGCCAGCCAAUAGAACAAGAAACACUUGAACUAACCAUGUUCCUUCGGACUUUUUUUCUGUUGAUUUUAUAUUAUUUGAUACUACCUGUAGCAACAUUUUGAAUUUGAUACGAAAAUUUAAAUAAUUUGAAAUAAUUUAAGUGAAAA